UCCACAAGAUUGGUUUAUGUCAAGCCACGUCACGGUAGUGGUGUAUGCCAGCUCUUCACGCCGACUUGAUUGCUGGUAAAGUCAUUAUUUGUUGAACAAAAUGAAUGUUUUUCGAUUAGCGGGUGAUUUGUCUCACCUUUUGGCCAUUAUUAUUUUGUUGCUCAAAAUAUGGAAGACGAGAUCAUGUGCAGGCAUUUCGGGAAAAAGUCAAAUACUUUUUGCCCUGGUAUACACCACUCGUUAUUUGGAUCUCCUCAGCAAUUUUAUAUCUCUUUAUAAUUCUGUGAUGAAAGUUUUCUUCAUUGGUGCUUCAUGGGCUACAUUGUAUUUGAUGUAUGUUAAAUUUAAGGCCACUUAUGAUCGAAAUCAUGACACCUUCCGCAUUGAAUUUCUUGUCAUCCCAGUUAUCAUCUUAUCUCUUGUUGUGAAUCAUGAUUUCACACCACUUGAGAUCUUAUGGACCUUCUCCAUCUACUUGGAAUCUGUUGCUAUUCUGCCUCAGCUGUUCAUGGUUUCCAAGACUGGUGAAGCUGAAACCAUCACUUCCCAUUAUCUGUUCUGCCUGGGUUCAUACAGAGCUCUGUACAUCUUGAAUUGGGUGUACCGUUACUAUUCAGAGGGCUUCUACGAUUUAAUUGCCAUCAUUGCUGGAAUUGUACAAACUGUUCUGUAUUGCGACUUUUUCUAUUUAUACAUUACCAAAGUCAUUAAAGGCAAGGCUCUAAAAUUGCCAGCAUAAGCUAACCAUCAUGUACUGUUGUGCACAUGUCUCAUCAGGAAGUAGGCGAUGGCAUUUGAGGACUUUACAUUCAUGAACUGAGAACUUUUACAUGAUUUUGGAAUGUCUUCACAACAGUGGUUUACGUGCUGUAGCAAUUUUUGUAAGUCCAAAAAUUCAGCUCAUGGCUGUGACCUGGUUCAAGGUCUUUCUCAUUGAUUUGGUAACUUUUCCCAUUUAUUCCACGGAAGAAAAA